UUUCCUGUGUCCCGAUGUGCCUGGGGGAAAUAAAUGAAUUGCUGAGCUGAAAUCCGUGGGAGAAGGUAGUGGAUGGAUGGAUGGUGGUGGAGUGGUGGAGUGGUGAUGUGAUGGUGAUGGUGGUGAUGGAGGGGGUAUAGCAGGAGGAGGAGGUGGAGGAGGGGAAGAGGAGGAGUGUUGAAGGAUCUCUGAGCUGCUGCUAGUGAUGAUGAUGAUGAUGAUGGUGAUGAUGAUGAUUUCUCCUCCAGCACUGCCUCCUUCCUUCUCGCACGCGCGCGCUCCUGCUUUGCUGCUCUUCUUGCAUUCGCUCUUGCGUUUCCUCAGCUAGAAGAACCGAACCGCUUCAGAGCUCGACUUUAGCGCACGCGGGAUGCGCGCGCUCUGAUGGGAUGGAGGGAACGGAACCUACGGUCCAAGUGAUGCGCUGGUAUGAGGUUCGGCGGGAUUAGUGGAGGGAGUUCGGAGAAAGUGGAGGAAGAAAAGCUGAGGGAACACGUUGGAGAAGCUCUGGCGUCUGGUACUUCUACUUUUGAGACCGUUGUUACUUUUGCUACUUUUGGUAUUUUUGGUAUUUUUUGUGCUUUUGGUGUUUGGACGAAGUGAGUAAAACAUUUUUUUUCAAGUUUUCAAGUGUCCAAGAAGACGAUCCGUUUGGAGAUGCAUGCUCCACGUCCACGCUGUUCCACGCGCUACAUAUUCCAGGAAUCGAUCCACCAGCUUCAUCCACGAGUAGGUGAACUUUCCUAAAAGCCAAAAGUUGGUGGAAUGUAAGCGCCAAAAACACGGAGCAUCGUCUACCCCAACCAUCCCCGAGAAGUUCCCCUUGGAAUGGAGUGAAAGUGGGACGUUUAUUUUCUGUUGUGGUCGCUGCUCGUGCUCCAGUGUUCUGCAUUCCCGCGCGUGCGUUGUUCCCGUGUCUCCAGACAUGGCCCAGCCUGAAGGCGACGCGCCUCGAGAGAUGGGCGCGGAGGGCGACGGCGCCGAGGCGACCGCCGGGGAGUCCAAGCAAGCCAAAGCUCAGCGCGCUCGGACCAUGGCCCUUUACAACCCAAUCCCGGCCAGACACAACUGCCUCACCGUCAACAGGUCGCUCUUCAUUUUCGCCGAGAACAACAUCAUCAGAAAGUACGCGAGGAGGAUCAUAGAGUGGCCUCCGUUUGAAUACAUGAUCCUGGCCACCAUUAUAGCCAACUGCAUUGUGCUCGCCCUGGAGCAGCAUCUUCCUGGAGAAGACAAGACGCCCAUGUCCAAAAGACUGGAGAAGACAGAGCCCUACUUUAUUGGAAUCUUCUGUUUUGAAGCUGGAAUCAAGCUGGUGGCUCUCGGGUUUGUGUUCCAUAAGGGCUCUUACCUGAGGAACGGCUGGAACGUCAUGGAUUUCAUCGUUGUGUUGAGUGGGAUUCUGGCCACUGCUGGAGCUCACAUGAACAUCCCGGUGGAUCUGAGGACACUGAGAGCAGUGCGAGUCCUGAGGCCCCUGAAACUGGUGUCAGGAAUCCCCAGUUUGCAGAUCGUUUUGAAGUCCAUCAUCAAAGCGAUGGUGCCGCUGCUGCAGAUCGGCCUCCUUCUCUUCUUCGCCAUCCUGAUGUUCGCCAUCAUCGGCCUGGAGUUCUACAGCGGGAAACUGCACCACACCUGCCUGCCUACGCCCAACAUCCUUGAAAAUGAAACAGUGGACUCGUCAGAGGUGGAGUUUGCCUGCGGGGUGCGGAGAUGUCCGGAUAAGUACGACUGCAACGGGACGUGGAUAGGACCAAACGACGGCAUCACACAGUUCGAUAACAUCCUCUUCGCGGUGCUGACAGUGUUCCAGUGCAUCACCAUGGAGGGCUGGACUGCAGUGCUCUACAAUACUAAUGACGCACUGGGUCCCACGUGGAACUGGAUAUACUUCAUUCCCCUCAUCAUUAUCGGCUCCUUCUUUGUGCUAAACCUGGUUCUGGGAGUCCUCUCUGGUGAGUUUGCUAAAGAGAGAGAGCGAGUGGAGAACCGGCGAGCCUUCAUGAAGCUCAGGCGACAGCAGCAGGUGGAGAGGGAACUCAAUGGAUACCGUGCUUGGAUCGACAGAGCUGAGGAGGUGAUGCUUGCAGAGGAGAAUAAGAACUCUGGACGGUCUGCACUAGACGUGCUGAAGCGAGCCACGAGCAAGAAAAAUGCAAGACGUCGAGGAGAGGAUAAAUAUUCUGAAAUCUCGACAGUUGGUGGUUCCCGUCCUCCACCGAGCAUCCGCAGUGCCAGACGGGGUCCUGCUGCCUACCUGCGGCGCAAAGAACGCAUGUUACGCUUCUCCAUCCGCCGCAUGGUGAAGACGGACAGCUUCUACUGGAUAGUGCUCAGCCUGGUGGGCCUCAACACCAUCUGCGUGGCCAUCGUCCACCACAACCAGCCCGAAUGGCUGACCAUCCUUCAAUACUAUGCAGAGUUUGUGUUUCUGGGACUGUUUCUGGCUGAGAUGUUUCUGAAGAUGUACGGACUGGGCUUCCGCCUCUACUUCCACUCCUCCUUCAACUGCUUCGACUGCGGGGUGAUUGUCGGCAGUAUAUUUGAAGUAGUUUGGGGAUUCUUCAGGCCUGGAAUGUCCUUCGGUAUCAGUGUCCUUAGAGCUCUACGUCUGUUACGAAUCUUUAAGGUAACAAGGUAUUGGACAUCUCUGAGGAACCUGGUAGUGUCUCUGAUGAGCUCCAUGAAGUCCAUCAUCAGCCUCCUCUUCCUGCUCUUCCUCUUCAUUGUUGUUUUUGCCUUGCUUGGGAUGCAGCUCUUUGGUGGCAGGUUCAUCUUUAAAGAUUACACUCCUGCUAACUUUGAUACAUUCCCAGCUGCCAUCAUGACCGUCUUUCAGAUUCUGACGGGUGAAGACUGGAAUGACGUGAUGUAUAAUGGGAUCCGCUCACAGGGAGGGGUGCAGUACGGCAUGUGGUCCUCCAUUUACUUCAUUGUACUAACGCUGUUUGGAAACUACACGCUGCUGAAUGUCUUCUUGGCCAUCGCUGUGGAUAAUCUGGCCAACGCACAGGAACUGACUAAGGAUGAGGAGGAGGAAGAGGAGUUUUUUAACCAUCGAUACAAGGGCCGGGAGUUCGGCCUCUCAGAAAGGAGGCGCAGGCCGUACUUGUACAGGAAGAGGGCCAUCCACAGGGGGCGCCCGACACCUGCCGAGGCAGAGGAGGAAACACCUGGAAAAGGAGGAGCCUGUGAGGAACAGCCGGUCAAUGCUUUCGCCAAUCGUCGGGAGAGACGCAACAAGAUGAAAAUGUCUAUAUGGGAGCAACGGGCCAACCAGCUGCGCAAGCGGCGCCAGAUGGCUAGUCGCGAGGUCUUGUUUGGCAGCCCCACCGAAGACCCUAUGGACACCCCAGUCAGCGGCCACCAUCAGCCGCAUGCAAUAACCUCCAUGUCUCCUGAGACCAGCCCAGCACACCUGCCUGAAUCACCCAUGUCAGUGGUCAUGCCCUUGCCAGAACCACCCAUGGCAAUCCCCAUCCCCCUUCCAGAACCACCAGAGUCUGAGCCACUGCCCCUCUUGAGUUCUGUGGCGGAGGAAAGAACUGCACCUCACCGCAGCAACACAGAGAGAAGACACAGAGUGGCUCGUAAGUUUCGGGCGGCUGCAGCUGCAGGGGUUGUUCAAGGAGGAAGGCACAGGAGGCACAGGCACAGAGAGUCCAGAGCUGACUCCAGAGCCACCGACAGCUCUCAGCCAGGUGGCAGCGGAGAGGACCAGUUUACAGGUGAUGACGCAGAGGGCUCACAGUCCAGGAAAAGCAUGAACAUGGAUGACAGUGAGAACAACCAGCAGACAGAGCUUGAUGAGCAACAUCAAAGGGACGGUACCUGUGAUGUCGCGGUGGUCCUGCAGCCUCCCGGCCCCGCAGAGCGAGAGUCUGGCCUGCCCUGCACCUGCACGGGACUGGGUGACGAGGGAGAACUCCUGUCCUGCCCGCGGCACCGAGCAGACAAUACAGCCGAGCUAAAUUACCUCUCAGGGGAAGCUAUUGACAACGAGAACAAUGCCAGCUAUUUAAACCAGGGCGAACCGCUGACAGAAACUAGCAUUAUGCGCGAGAUGUCGGCACAGCCUCUGUUGGAGUUGACACCAAUGACUGUGAGUUUCAAGGACGUGGAAGUGGGUCACUCGGCCAAGAAUGAAAGACAAAAUGACGAUGAUGAUGAUGAUGACGAUGAUGAUGAUGAUGAAGAUGAGCCAACAAAAACUGUCCCAAUUGUUCCACCAGACAGCAUGUUCAUUUUCAAGAGCAAAAACCCGAUCAGAAGAAUAUGCCACUACGUUGUGACCCUGCGGUAUUUCGAGAUGACCAUCCUUCUCGUGAUUGUGGCCAGCAGCAUCGCACUGGCUGCUGAGGACCCUGUGUGCACCAACUCUGAGCGCAACAGGGUACUCCGUUACUUUGACUAUGUUUUUACUGGGGUCUUCACGUUUGAAAUGAUUAUAAAGAUGAUCGACCAGGGCUUGAUUCUGCACGAUGGCUCGUACUUCCGGGACUUGUGGAAUAUUCUGGAUUUCAUAGUGGUGGUUGGAGCUCUCAUUGCCUUCGCUCUCACAAACAACAAAGGCAGAGACAUCAAAACCAUCAAGUCGCUGAGAGUGCUGAGAGUUCUGCGGCCUCUGAAGACCAUCAAACGUCUCCCCAAGCUGAAGGCCGUGUUCGACUGUGUGGUGACGUCGCUGAAGAACGUCUUCAACAUCCUCAUCGUCUACAAGCUCUUCAUGUUCAUCUUUGCUGUGAUAGCCGUGCAGCUGUUUAAAGGGAAGUUCUUCUACUGUACAGAUGGGUCCAUGGGUACACAGAGAGAAUGCCAAGGCUACUACAUCGAUUACGGACGGGACAGGAAGGAGGUGAAGAAACGGGAGUGGAAGAGGCAUGAAUUCCACUAUGAUAACGUUAUGUGGGCGCUGCUCACUCUCUUCACCGUGUCCACCGGAGAGGGCUGGCCACAGGUCCUUCAGCACUCUGUGGAUGUGACUGAGGAAGACCAUGGCCCCAGCAGAGGCAACCGCAUGGAGAUGUCUAUCUUCUACGUUGUGUAUUUCGUAGUCUUCCCUUUCUUCUUCGUGAACAUCUUCGUUGCUCUCAUCAUCAUCACCUUCCAGGAGCAAGGAGACAAAAUGAUGGAGGAGUGCAGCUUGGAGAAAAAUGAGAGAGCCUGCAUUGACUUCGCUAUCAGUGCCAAGCCUUUUACCCGCUACAUGCCCCAGAACAGGCAGACCCUGCAGUACCGACUCUGGCACUUUGUGGUGUCGCCAUCAUUUGAGUACACAGUUCUGGUGAUGAUUGCACUCAACACUGUUGUCCUCAUGAUGAAGUACCACUCUGCCCCGGCUGCCUAUGACACUGUCCUGAAGCACCUGAACACGGCCUUCACUGUGCUGUUCUCUCUGGAGUGCAUCCUGAAGAUCAUGGCCUUUGGCUUUAUGAACUAUUUCAGAGACACGUGGAACAUCUUCGACUUCAUCACUGUGCUGGGCAGCAUUACUGAGAUCAUUGUAGAUUUACAGUCUGUGAAUACCAUUAAUAUGAGUUUCCUGAAGCUGUUCAGAGCAGCCAGGCUCAUUAAACUCCUGAGGCAAGGCUACACAAUACGAAUCCUUCUCUGGACCUUCGUACAGUCUUUUAAGGCCCUGCCGUACGUGUGUCUGCUCAUCGCUAUGCUGUUCUUCAUCUACGCCAUCAUUGGCAUGCAGGUUUUUGGAAAUAUCAAGCUGAAUGAUGAGAGCCACAUAAACCAGCACAACAACUUCAAGACCUUCUUCAGCGCAUUAAUGCUACUCUUCAGGAGUGCAACAGGAGAGUCUUGGCAGGAGAUCAUGUUGUCGUGUCUGGCCGGGCAGGAGUGUGAGCCUGAUCCCUCCAUCGCCCCUCCGUUCAUCUCUCCUGAUCACGAGGGGGGCUGUGGUACAGACUUCGCCUACUUCUACUUCGUUUCAUUCAUCUUCUUCAGUUCUUUCCUGAUGUUAAAUCUCUUCGUCGCUGUGAUUAUGGAUAAUUUCGAAUACCUGACUCGGGAUUCCUCCAUUCUUGGGCCCCACCACCUGGAUGAGUUUGUUCGAAUCUGGGGGGAGUAUGAUCGAGCAGCAUGUGGCCGAAUCCAUUACAAUGCCAUGUAUGAGAUGCUUACACACAUGUCGCCCCCUCUUGGUCUCGGUAAGAAGUGCCCAGCCAAAAUUGCAUAUAAGAGGCUGGUACUGAUGAACAUGCCUGUGGACGAGGACAUGUCUGUCCACUUUACCUCCACACUGAUGUCACUGAUCCGCACUGCCCUGGAAAUCAAAAUCGCCCGAGGUGGAGAAGAUCGGGUGCAGUUGGACACUGAACUGCAGAAAGAGAUUAGUGUGAUCUGGCCACAUCUGUCCCAGAAGACCUUGGACCUGUUGGUGCCCAUCAAUAAAGAUACAGACAUGACCGUUGGUAAAAUCUACGCCUCCAUGAUGAUCAUGGAUUACUUCAAACAGAGCAAAGCUAAGAAGCUGAGGCAGCAAGCUGAGGAGCAGUCCAGCAGUCCCGCCCUUCCUUUAAUAUCCCACAGUGCAGGAUCUGCCUUAACCAGUGGUGGCUUUGUGGCCUUGAGCCCCAUAUCACCUCAGGAACUCCUAAUGCAGCCUGCCACAGAUCACCAAGAAGACAGUGAGGAAAAUCAAGGCUCUGUGGCUGAGGAGCAGGAAAUGAAUGGAAUGUGGAAAGAGGAGCAGCCACCCGAGCGCUUCUACCGACCCAGACACAAGAGCUACAAAGCUGCAGUCUCCCAUUCAGAGCAGGCCCACCUGGAACGAGGCAGGUCCAAGGAGCAGCGCCACCUGCUGUCCCCAAAAAAUUCCCGCUUUAACUCAAAUGAGAGAAGUUCCAAGUCGUGCUCACGGUCUCCAAGUGAGGAAAGAAGGCAUGGCCUCCCCAGACAGGGCAACAGCUCGGACAGCCCAGUCCCCUCCACCUCAGAGUCCAGCACCCCGAGCGGGAAGCGUCGGCUGUCCCAGACGCCCACACGCACACACCCUCACAUCUCCUACUCACCCCUGGUGUGCCACACUCACCCUUCCUCGCAGGCCGACGAUGAGGAAGAGGAGGAGGAGCAAAGCGGCCCACCCAUGCUGGGGUGCUGCAGCAAUGCCCUGUGGGACGAGAAUGCAGAGGAGGUGAAAGUAAGGGUUGAGGAGGAGGAGGAGGAGGAGGAAGAGGAAGAGGGCACACACUCGGAACAGGAGGAGUUCCUGGGCUCCAGCGCCCGCCGUUACCCCUCUGAACCCUACCUUGCCCUGCAGGAUGAGGAGCACAGCCCUGACUCCGGCCCCAUGGAGACUCUGACCUUUGAGGCGGCGGUGGCCACCAGCUUGGGACGCUCCAACACCAUCACCGCCUCAGUGCGCACCCGCUCCCGCCUGGGCUGGCAGGUCCCCAACGGACACUUCCGCAAACGGCUGGCCCAGAGCGUCUCCGUUGCCGGGUGCGAGGCUCUCAGUGAUACGGAGGACGAUAAAUACUAGGUUCUGUGAGGUGAAGACGAUGGAACGCACUCUUUUAAGGACACAGGAGGAUAUCAAGAAGGACACUGAUAUCCCUCCGGGAAGGCAAGAGUGGCAGCAACCGGAAAUGUGGUUGAAUAUACUUUACGUGCAAGUCCAGUGUGUUCGAGUAAAAACGGAGGAGUGCCGAGAUUUUAACUUUUUAAAACAUUUAAGCAGUUGUAUUGUCUUGUUUCUAAACUGAAAGUUCAAGGGGGGGGAAACCUGUACAUUCGAAAAACCAGGUGUGAAACAGACUGCAGAGCUUCAUCGUCUGUCGGGGGAUAAUGGUCCCAGAUUGUCUCUGAGAAUCGCUGAUCAAUUUCAGUUUUCUUUUGCACAGUAAACAGUUUAUAUUGAAGUAGGCUAUAUGUUGCAGACUUUGAACGUAAGGAAAUGAAAUUCAGGUCCAUGAAUUCAGUCCUACUGCCACAUUAUUUUUUCUCUAUCUGCAAUGUUUACUUUAUUUAAUAACAUUUGAAACUUUAAACCAUGCAACGAGACAUUUUUGUGAGCUUAUUCGUCAGCUCGAGAAUUAGAGCAUUAAUACCUGCACAGUAUUGGAUUCAUUUCGAUUUCUAAACAUUUGUACAAUCUGAGAAAUAAAAGAAACCAACUGACAGUU